UUGACAAGAAAAGACAGUAUAGAGGAAUGCACAUAAUGUUAAUGAUGUAUUUAUUAUAGAAUUUAUGAAUAAGGCCAAGUUGACAAGAAAAGACAGUAUAGAGGAAUGCACAUAAUGUUAAUGAUGUAUUUAUUAUGGAAUUUAUGAAUAAGACAACAGGGGCCGAUCUAGGGAUGGACUGAACAGGCCCCACCCCACCCCCCACCCCCAAUUUUUAGAUAUUUGGCUUCAAUCACAAGAAAUCACAAGAAAUAUAAGCAUAUCCAUGGAAUCUGCCCCUCCCCUUUCUUAAUACCCUUGCUUCGCCCCCCCCCCCAUCCUCAAAGAUGUUUGUUUUUGUUGAAUUAGGUAAGCGGACCUUGGAAAUUUUUUAAAGGGUCGGUUGUUGAAUUUCACCCCUGGAAACCCAAGGGUACAUAAUCAUUGUUUUUUUACCUUAUUUCUUUCACGAAUUUUACAUCUUUUUUCUGGUCUUCAUCCAAAAUGUGUAGGACCUGAGCAAAUAAAAGAACGCGCAAUGUAGGAAUGCAAUCUUUCCCUUUAUUUUUCUAGUUCUUGAUAAGUUUUUCUGACCUCGCCCCCAUCCCUCUCCCCUUUCAAAAGUACAGGUAGCCCGUUGCGUAUUUUUCCCGCGCGGCGGCGGUCUGGGGUGGCGGUGACGUCACGGCAUGGAUGAGUGCUCUGCAGGCCUCGCUCGAGCAUGACGUCGGUUUGGCGGGAAGUGUUUAGUAUGGCCGAAAUUUGUGGGAUUUUAGGACACAAACAAAUACAAAACCGUUGUGAUUUGAAGUCUGUAUGAUAGAAGAAGGCCUGGGUUAUCAUUUCGACAGCAUUUCAGGCAUGGGAUCAAAUUCUAAGACAGGGAAAAAGGACGUUGAUUCAUCACUGCUCGAGGAAGGUAUUGAUUUUGAAAGGAAAGCAAGCAAAAGGCCAAAACCAUUAGAAGGAAAAGGGACACCAACAUUUAGUUUGAUCACUGAAGAAUGGAAAACUUCAUCCUGCCCCCCCUCUCCCAUCCCACUUCUGUCUUUGGAUGGGCGCACAGGUCACAAACCAGCAGAGAUUUUCCGCACAGACCUAAUCAGUGCCAUGAAGCUCCCUGACUCUCAGAUCCUUAAUACAGAGAACUACAUGAGUAUUACAGACACUUGGAGACAAGAGUGGGAACGGGGGGUGCAGGUCCCAGUAAAUCCUGAUGGGCUGUCUCAGCCAUGUGCUAGGCUUGUGGAGGCUCAUUAUAAAAAGGCAUCUUUUAAACUACCUCCCAAGUUUCUGAAGGCAGAUGAAAAGAAAAAGAGCAGGACUCAGUGUAUCUAUGACUUGAAUAGGACAGAUGUGGAAUGGCUGACUGCUUUGAAUAGGUCAAGACGGAACAAGGGUAAAACUGAGCUUGAUGAAGGGACACUUGAGAAAGCCAUUGCAUACAUGGAGGACAAGUGUUAUGAAAACAUGGGAUAUGCCAUUGUCACUCAAAAGGGAUUAAGCAUUGAAUAUGAUGAAAGCGUUUGCUGUGAUGUUUGUCAAUCGCCUGAAAGUGAAGAAGGGAAUGAAAUGGUGUUCUGUGACUCGUGCGACAUCUGUGUCCAUCAGGCUUGUUAUGGAAUUCAAAGCAUUCCCUCUGGUAGCUGGUUAUGUCAACCAUGUCGAUGGGGUGUGGCAAAACCUCCGUGCAAACUUUGCUCUGCGUGUGGAGGGGCUAUGAAGAAGGCAAAGGGUGGUAAGACCUACAUCCAUGUUAGCUGUGCUUUGUGGGUGCCAGAGGUUGGAUUCGGCAAUGUUGAAAGAAUGGAGCCAAUUAUCAAGGUUGAAAAAAUCCCAACAAGCCGAUGGAAUCUGGUCUGUUAUCUUUGCAAGGAAAAGGUUGGAGCAUGUAUACAGUGCUCGGUAAAAUCAUGUGUAACUGCCUUCCAUGUAACUUGCGGCUUUCAAGAGGGGCUCGACAUGAGAACAAUACUGGACGACACGGAGGUUGAUGGUGUUAGACAUGUGAGUUACUGCUCCAAGCAUGGGUACAAGAACAAGUCCCCUGGAAAGUCACCAGGAAGACCACCCAAGUCACCCCGGAAAUCACCCAACAAGUCACCACCCAGAUCACCCGAGAAAAUCAAGCAGGACAAGGAAGAAGCUGAAAACCAAAGACAAAAAAGGUUAAAGCAGAUGGAAGGGGAAUUCUACAACUAUGUCGAUGUGGGUGAGAUAGCAAAGGAUCUAGCGUUACCUAAGGAGCUUGCCAGUCACAUCCAUGCGUACUGGACGCUCAAGCGGAAGGCCAGGGACGACGUCCCACUGGUACCUCCCACGCCACAGCAGCAGGAGAAAUUAUCAGGAAAACAGGGUGCGGCUGAUAUCAGUAAAAAUCUGCAAGUCCAGAUUGAGCGGCUGAUGAAGAUGCGAUGUGAUCUGGAGAGGCUUCGGAACCUGUGCUACAUGGUGGGCAAGCGUGAAAAGAUGCGUCGCGAGUUAUUCCGAGUGCGCGAAAGAGUCUUCUGGCAAGCAAAUGAGGUCAUGACCGACGAAUCUAUCACCAUUGACGACCAAGAGCUCAGCUACAUCCGCGCAGCGUGCCGAGAAAACUUUAGCAGUGAUGGCAGUGCUCCCCAGGAGGACUCCCCUUGGGGAGAUGUGUCCACGAGGCUUGAUAGCGCCUAUAAUAUUGGAAGCCCUCGGAACAGCGAAGAUGCGGGUAGUAGUCUAGGAGAGGAGGACUCUCCUGGGAGUUGUCUUGAGGGCGAUUCGUGCGACCUAUCGGGAGCGAGGGAGGAAGGGGACUCAUCUGACUCUGAGUCCUCGGGCCCUGCCAGGCGUCCGAGGUCCUUGGUAGGGACCAAACGGUCCCAGCGUCUUAGCACUCCCAAUCAGGAGUCAGCUAAAGCUAUUACCGCAAAGUGUGACUCGCCGCAGCACGCCGUUGAUGAAGACGGCAAGCCAAGUACUCCUCCCUCCAGGUCAAAGAAACGUACUAGGGGCAUUAGCGGUGAUUCGGUCAGCGACAACAGACACACGCCGCGAAGGUCCUUGAGGAACCUUUCUGAGGAGUGCUCAGAGAGCCGUUCAGAUGAAGCACCCCCGAGGACGGACGCAUCAGAUAAGGUCCCUAGUCCCAGGACUAAAUGGCGAGAGCAGGUAGAAAGCUGCGAUGUUCCCCAGGCUCCUCUUACUCGGCGUCGCACGAAUUCGAAACAAGACGCAGACGAGAAGGCUGUUCCACUUGGAUCGAGUCCGCAGAGGAUCGGGUUGGACAGGCCUAAAACCAGGGGUAGAGGCUCUGAAGGGGAAGCCACGUCGUCAUCCGAAGACGCCGCCACGAGAGAUGAUAGCGCAACGAAUCCUGCUCGGUCUUUACGCCGUCGCAGACAGCUGACUUAUAUCAGCGAUAGCUCCACAGGAGACCUAAAGAACUGCAGUGCCCAGGGCACACUCGACGCUGUUCUGUCUUCGCCGUCUCGGACGAGAUCGGCCCGACCACGACGCACUUCGAUGAAUAACGAUCUCUGUGGUAUCUCGCCGGCACCUAUCAAUAUCCUUAAGGUCGAUGACUCUGAGAGUUCAACUGGUCGGGACACGAGACUCGUCCGAUCUGCUCGACGAAAUAAUAGUGAUACCGACUCUGUGCCGACGAAGUUACAAAGAGUGUCCGAGUCGUUAAAUUCUUCGAGCUCGAAAGAAUAUAAGUUGCAUAAUCCGUCAGAUUUUGAGGAUUCCCCGGUUCGAGAAACGAGACGCACCCGAAUACGGAGCGACGACCCUCCGUAUGGAAGUCCACCUGCCAAGCGAAAACCCGAAUUGGAGCCGAGCGACAGGGUAGAAGUCAUGAAAGAAAGUCCAUUAGAUUUCGAAAACUCGCCGGCUCGCGAAACUAGACGCACCCGACUCCGGAGCGACGACCUACCGAGUGAAAACCUCGGGACUCGUCGAAAAACCGAGUCGGAGUCUAGCGAGAGUGACGGCGUUAUGAAAGAAAAUAAGCCUCAGUCUCGGCCUCGAAAAAGGAGGAAUGGAGCUUAUUUGGACUGCGGAUCCGACAAUAAGAAUCCUUUGUCUAGUCAGCGGCGUCGAAGUAGCGAUAUGCGCGCGCACCGGCGUUCACGUGGUGGGAAGGUAGAGCGACGGCGGACAUUGAACAGUAAACAUAACGAGGACGUAGGCACGAGACAUCCUCACAUUACGGACUUCCUCGCGAGAAAAGUGCGCUCACCGAAGACUGCGUAUCACUGCAAGACCUCCGAUUCAGAAGAACGGAACGAAAGCGCGGAAUCGGACGAGGAGAACGAAUUGGAUCGAGUUCAACGGCUCACGUCACUUCGAUCAUUCACCAGCGGUCAGCCCGAGUCCCCCUGCCCCGAAUGUCAAAUCCAGCACCACAGGCACCCCACGUUCUUGCCAAGCGCCAAUCGGCGGAGUCCGAAAGGCAGCAGCCCUUUGGCAAAAGAGUUACGCAUGCGUAACUCGGAAUCACUGCGUUGUCGCGGCCGCUUGAGUGUGAGCCUGCGUCUAUCUCCUGCCCGCGUUUGUGGCAACAUGUUAGCUCGAGUGUGUGGCUCCGCUAUGGUUUGAAUUGAGCGUCAGUGAUCGGGGUUACUUCGUGCGUCUAAGAAAUUUUCCAAUAUAGACUUUAUGUAUUUAGAGGAUUGUAGUCUUGUACGUUUAAGCUAGCGAGGAACCCUUGCUAAAGCUGGUUUAUUUUUAGUGAAGAAAGUGAAAAAUAAAAUCGUAGCGGGGCUGUAAGAUGCGUAUAUUAUGCAUAAAAGCGCUGUCUGCGUUUCUCCUCCGCUUUCUCCGUCAUUGAGAAACCAUUUUCAGAAACGUCAAUGAAUAUACAAGUAGAGCAAAGAGAAACGUACGAAGAGAAACACCGGGCUAAAAUGGCUUGUCUUGCUCGGAAGGCAGCCGGUUUAAUUUUAUCAUAAUUUUUUUAUUGCUAUUAUUUUAUUUUUUUUAUGUAUAAAGAAAAAUAAUCGAGCCACUCCUGAAGUAGCAUUUACUUCACACCCCAGAGGCUAAAGGAGCAAAGUUCGAUAACGUACUGCUUUAGCGGCGAAGAGCAAUGUAUUCUUGGAAGGUUGAGCUGACUCUAUCUCAGUUAUGACUCGGGAUGUGGCUGAUGUCUGGCUUUCCUCCCCAUUACACCCCAUUUUAUGUGAUUUGUGGAAGGUGCUCUGCAAAGAUGGGCGGCUCUGCAUCUUAAGUUAUUGGUACUUCUUAGUGUAUUCAGUUUUGUUUGUUUAUGGUAAGGUCAAUGAUAGUAGGGUGUUCAGUAGAAAUAAAGGAGAGAGUUUUGAA